AGCGUGGAAAUGAAUGAGGAAGGGAUUCGUUGGGAAUUCGAAGCGGAGUGUGUUGUGGUUGUGCGUAUUGAAUAACAGAAACCCUCGUCUCUCUCUUUCUCAUUGUUAUUCUCACUCGCCGCCACCACUGCCCCCACUAUCUCUAUCUCUAUCUCAUCAUCAUCAUCAUCAUCAAAUGGCGGAGGAAUGGCCGGCGAAUCGCGUGAGAGACACGUUCAUAAAGUUCUUCGAGGAGAAGAAGCACACAAAUUGGAAGUCCAGCCCCGUCGUCCCUCACAAUGAUCCCACUCUUCUCUUCGCUAACGCCGGAAUGAACCAGUUCAAGCCCAUAUUUUUGGGCACAGCUGACCCAAACACUCCCUUAUCCAAAUUGAAUCGUGCUUGCAACACCCAGAAGUGCAUUCGAGCUGGUGGGAAGCACAAUGAUCUGGAUGAUGUUGGGAAAGACACUUACCACCAUACCUUCUUUGAGAUGCUUGGCAAUUGGUCCUUUGGGGAUUACUUUAAAGCUGACGCCAUUCAAUGGGCUUGGCAACUUCUUACACAGGUUUAUAAACUACCUAAGGAUCGCUUCUAUGCCACCUAUUUUGGUGGUGAUCAGAAAUUGGGUCUUGCUCCUGAUGCUGAAGCUAGAGAUAUAUGGCUUCAAUUUUUACCACCAGAACGUGUGCUGCCUUUUGGCUGUAAAGACAAUUUCUGGGAGAUGGGUGAUACAGGUCCUUGUGGACCUUGCACUGAAAUACAUUAUGAUAGAAUUGGUAAUCGAGAUGCUGCGUCAUUGGUUAACUAUGAUGAUCCUACGUGCCUUGAGAUUUGGAACCUUGUCUUUAUUCAGUUUAAUAGGGAAAGUGAUGGUUCUUUAAAACCCCUGCCUGCUAAGCAUGUUGAUACCGGCAUGGGUUUCGAAAGGUUGACUUCUGUACUUCAGAACAAGAUGAGCAAUUAUGAUACCGAUGUGUUCAUGCCCAUUUUUGAUGCAAUCCAACAGGCAACUGGGGCUCGGCCAUAUUCUGGGAAAGUUGGACAAGAUGAUCUGGACAAAGUUGACAUGGCAUACCGGGUUGUUGCAGAUCACAUUAGAACUCUUUCAUUUGCCAUUGCCGAUGGGUCUUGUCCAGGCAAUGAGGGCCGUGAAUAUGUCUUGAGGCGUAUUCUUCGCCGAGCUGUUCGUUAUGGAAGUGAGGUCUUAAAAGCUCAGGAAGGAUUUUUCAAUGGGCUUGUAAACGUUGUGGUGAGAGUGAUGGGCGAUGUUUUUCCGGAGCUAAAGCAGAAUGAAAUGCGCAUUAGGGACAUAAUUGCAGAAGAAGAAGCAAGUUUUGGUAAAACUUUACUUAAGGGAAUCGAGAAAUUCAAAAAGGCUGCGCAGGAUGUACAAGGGAAGAUAUUAAGUGGGCAGGAUGCAUUUGUUUUGUGGGACACAUAUGGGUUCCCAUUAGAUUUGACCCAGUUGAUGGCAGAAGAAAGGGGCUUACUGGUUGAUGUUGACGGUUUCAAUAAUGCCAUGGAUGAGGCAAGAGAAAGAUCAAGGAAUGCUCAAAAUAAGCAAGCUGGUGGUGCUAUUAUUAUGGAUGCUGAAGCUACUUCAGCAUUGCACAAGAGGGGGGUUGCUGCAACAGAUGAUUCCUUCAAAUUUAUUUGGUUCAAGGACCAUGAAAGUGUGAUAAGAGCAAUUUAUACCGGUUCCCAGUUCUUGGAAAGCGUUGGUUCUGGCAGUGAAGUUGGUAUAGUUCUGGAAUCUACAAGUUUUUAUGCUGAGCAAGGUGGUCAGAUUUUUGAUACUGGAUCACUUGAAGGCCCCUUUGGUUCGUUUCAAGUUGGCAAUGUUCAAAUUUAUGGAGGUUUCAUUCUUCAUAUUGGUUCUUUUUCUGGAGAGAAUGGUAGAUUCUCUGUGGGGGAAAAAGUAAUUUGUAAGGUUGACUAUGACAGGCGUAAGCUCAUUGCCCCAAAUCAUACAUGCACACACAUGUUGAAUUUUGCUCUUAGGGAAGUGCUUGGAAAUCAUGUUGACCAGAAGGGUUCUAUCGUUCUUCCUGAAAAAUUAAGAUUUGAUUUUUCGCAUGGCAAGCCAGUAGAUCCUGAUCGUUUGAAAAAGAUUGAAUCAAUUGUGAAUGAGCAAAUAAAAGCUGAAUUAGAUGUAUUUGGUAAGGAGGCAACCCUUGCUGAAGCCAAGCGUAUCAAUGGUUUACGAGCUGUUUUUGGUGAAGUCUAUCCUGACCCAGUUAGGGUUGUGGCAAUUGGACAGAAAGUUGAGGACCUUCUGGCUGAUCCAGAGAAUGAUGAGUGGUUAUCCAUUUCUGCAGAACUCUGCGGAGGUACCCAUAUAUCAAAUACAAGGGAAGCUAAGGCCUUUGCCCUGCUAUCUGAGGAGGGAAUUGCUAAGGGAAUACGAAGGAUUACUGCUGUUACAACUGACGGUGCUUUUAAGGCAAUGGAAUUAGCAUACUUACUUGAGCAGGAAGUAAAUGAUGCAUCAAAAAUAGAAGGCAGCUUGCUUGAAAAGACGGUAGCUUCUUUGAAAAGUCGUGUGGAUUCCGCAUCUAUACCAGCAGCCAAGAAGGCAGAUAUCAGGGCAAAGAUUUCUGUACUACAGAAUCAAGUGAGAAAGGCGCAAAAGAAGAUUGCUGAAGAAAAUAUACAGAAAGCUGUCAAGAUCACAAUUGAGAAAGCUGAAGUAGCUGCUUCAGAGGGAAAGGCUUUCUGUGUAUCCCAUGUUGACGUUGGUUUGGAUGUGGCAGCAGUUCGUGAAGCAGUUCUGAAAGUCAUAGAACAGAAGGGGAUAUCUGCUAUGGUGUUCAGUACAGAUGAAACCACUAAUAAGGCUGUAGUGUGUGCUGGGGUGCCAGAGAAAGGAGAUAGGAACAAGCAUCUGGAGGUGUCAGAGUGGUUGACAGAAGCUCUGGAGCCUCUAAAAGGGCGAUGUGGUAAAGGAAAAGGUGGUCUUGCAUCUGGCCAGGGAACGGAUGCUUCGCAAGUCAAUGAGGCGAUUGAAUUGGCUACAGCAUUUGCAUUGAUGAAGUUGAGAUGAUAGAUCUUGCAAAUUCUUUUCCUACAGAAGAAACAUGGCCUCAUUUGCAGCUUAUAGGAAUUUGAUUUGAAUCAUUUGACUAAAUGAGGCAAUUGUUUGAGAAAUAACUUACUUUACUUACUUUGAUAUGUUACUUUGUUUAGAGCUUCCUUAAAAUCGUGUUGCAACUUUGUUAUGUUACUUUGUAGUUCCACUGUUGUAAAAUCGUUUUAUCAAAUGUGUCGACCUGUUCUAAUACCCAAUUGAAUGAAACAUUGAAUGUAGGACCAACAUACAUUUCCAACAA